UGUGUAACAAUCAGAAACUUUCGAUGGCAUUAAAAUUGCUUGAAAAGAUGGAAGCCAGCGAAUUGCAACUUAAUAUUGUGUCUUACAGUGUUGUUCUUGAAGGUUUGUGCAAAGCCGGAGAGAUUGAAUCGGCAAGAGAUCUCUUAUGUGACUUAUUAUCAAAAGGAGUACAGCCUGAUGUCAUAAUACACAAUUUAAUGAUUCAGGGACUUUGUCGCCGGGGCUUAUUAGUUGAAGCAGAAAAGUUGCUGAGAGAAAUGGAAGGGAAAGGAUGUCCUCCAAAUGAUUGCACCUAUAACAUCAUUAUCAGAGGCUUCUUAAAUAACAACAAGACAUCACAGGCUGUGAAACUUAUUGAAGAAAUGAGGAGGUGUGGUUUCUCUGCAGAUGCAUCAACUAUGGAAUUGAUACUUGGUUUACUGUCGAAGAAUGUAGUGGAUCCGGCUUUGUUGCAGUUUGUAAAGGAUUCACAAAAUAGUUUAUUUGAACUUUAUCAAGCUCUGGUAGCAGAACAACUCAGAAGCAUUCAGAAGAAGGAUGCACAAUCAGCAUUUCCCAAGUGUCGGAAACUUGCAUUUUGUGUUGCAGGUUGCGCAACACAAACUUGUAAAAUGCUGAAGCACAGCCGGAAUAGUCAUUGAAUACCUUACAGCCUGUAAGAUGUCGUCUGAGUUCUAUCUUAGUUACUGUUGAAAAAUAACACAAUUUUUGAAUACUUGAUUUGAAAAUUGGGCGGAAAAUUGAACUGUUAGAAUUCAAAUUGAUUCACAAGUAACUUGUUAU